GCUAGCACGUGAUACUGUGAAUAGGAAAGUAGCGCGUAGAAGGAGAUAGAAAGGGCGAGAGAGGGAGGGAGUGGGAAGAGAAAGAACAAGAGAGGGAGACAUGGCGAAUGCGGGCACACCGAGUGGAAACCCCGCUGGUACGUGCUUUAACUGCGGGCAGACAGGACACUUUGCCCGAGAAUGUACAGCGAGCAAAGGGCAAGGUACGUUCAACAGCAACACGUCAUAUUGGCAAACGAGGCAGCAGAAGGAUGAAGAUUUCCGAAGGAUCAAGGAAUGGACAGACCACCAAAUAAAGAAACAGCAGGAAGAAGAGGAAAGAAAGGUAGCGGAAGAAGAGAAACGAAAGAGGGAGGCUGAGCGAAGGAAGAUGCUGCUUGAGCAGGAGCAGAGGGAUGAACAGAUGAAACGGAUGAUUGCGGAUAUGGAGAGGAGAUGUUUCCAAGAGACCGAGCCUGUAAAACGUUUGGCGGAAGAGGCUGAGAUGAGGACAAUUGCGGCAGUUGCUAGGGAUCUACGUGCUUUUAAAGCUGAGAUCCGGACAGAGGUGAAACUGACCUUGGCGAUGAAUGGGAAAACUCCGAAAAGAGACAGAGGCAAGCUCGACGUCGACUUCGAGAAUGACCUCCGUGAUGAAGAUGCGCUCGUGGAAGAAGGAAGGAAAUUGCCGCCAAGGAAGACAAGAGGCAAGCGGACGGCUAGAAGGUUUGGGGACUUGGACGAGUAUGAAGAGGAGGCAAGAUUGCAGACGAGGGAGGAAUAUGAAAUGAGCCAGAGAAAGAAGACUGCGGUGCAGACGCCAACCAACGUUGCGAGGGCUACGGGCGCCUCGAAGCUGAGAUUUGUCUGGCAGAGAAACCGAAAUGUCUCCGAUAUUUUGUGCAAUCAUAGGUUGCUCAGUCGACGGGAGGAGUUUAGUUGCACCUGUGAACGAUUCAACUUACCGCGUACUGAAGGGCAUGUUCUUACCAGGACUGCUGACGUGGAGCACGUACCUCGAGUGGCGCUCAAUGGUAAGAACGUUUUGCGUCCAAAGUUGGGGACAACCUUGAAUGAGCUGAGGGACAGCUUUUGGCAAGGACUUACAUCGGUGUUGGGAGGCAGAGUGGGAAAACACCUUCAAGACCUCAAGCUUAAAAAUUGUUUUUCGGACGGAUGCAGCAUGAGAAGUGACACAGAUGAAGAUCCGGUCAUUGAGGUUAAGAGAAAUCUGCAGGAGUUGGCCAUUACUCCGGUGGACAGAAAUGCGGGUGAUUUGGCUGUGAUGUGUCCAAUAGUUUAUGAGCGUGGACUGGACAUGAUGUUCACUUGGAAUACUGCUUACGAUAUAGUUGUCAGCAAGGAGAAGGAGAUAUUAAUGGAGAUGAGGCAAGAUUACAAGGGACUGGGACUGGAGCAGUUAGCAACUUGGGACAGCAAGGGUCUCAUUGGGAAGGCGUAUGUCCUCCCCAAACACAAGGAUCUUACCAAGUGGAGACCGAUUGCGCCUGCGUGCAGUGAGCCUACGAAGACAGGGAGUCGGUGGGUGGCUAGGGCCCUAAACUAUUUGCUGGCCAAGCUCCCCGGUUCCUCGCACUUCAACCUGAUCGCCACAGCGCAACUCAAACCGAACUUACAACAAGCGGAGAAAAGACUCCAACUGUUCGGUGACAAUACGAUGGUGAUUGGAGGUGGGUUUGACAUCAAAAAAAUAUUUACCUCCUUGCCGCAUGCAGCUAUCAUAGAAGCAGUGCGCUGGCUAUUGGAGGAGUGGGAAGGAAGAGGCUAUCACCGCAUUAUCGUCAGCAGGAGGGGGAGGAAAUUGGUCUCCUUGGGAACAAAGUUGUUCGGGAAGAGGUAUGUUAAAAUGGAGUUCCGGUUGUUGAUACGCUUUAUUGCGUUCAAGCUGCGGCAUACAUACACUUCCUGCAAAGAGAAACUCUACAGGCAGAGGGUCGGAGUGCCCAUGGGGAAGAACUCCAGUCCCCCAUUGGCUUGUCUGCUCUGUGCGAAGUAUGAAGUUGAGUUUCUGAAGUCCCUCGGGAGAGACAGACGGCUAGUGCAUGGGGUAAGAUUCAUGGAUGAUGUGUCACUGGUCGUGGCCUUCCAUCAACGGAAGGAAGAAUCUGUACAGAGGGCAAUUCAGAUCCUGGAGAAGUUCAACAAGUGUUAUGGAAGCAAGCUGGUACUCGUGCGCACUGAUGAUGAAUCUAAUACGAUUGACUUCAUCGGUGCACAGGUCACUAUCACGGUGGGAAGAAUCCGGUUCAUUAUGGAACCGAAAGUCAAGAACAGUUGUCUCGACCAGGGUUCGCAGCUUACGUUUCGUUGCUUCCAGGACUUCUGUUCUUGCUCCGACAAGAAAGUCAAGAUCGGAGCUAUCAUGGGGAGUUUCCACCGUAUUCAACAGAUGACCAACAACGAAAGCGCGAUCAUCCUUCCGGUGAUAGCCAUGAAGCAGGAACUCUUGCGUCGGGGUUACCCCCCGACGCUUUUCUUCAGAGCCCUAGCACGGUUUGCUAAGGGCACCAAGGUAUUCAAGGCGUCUUGAUAUGAGGACUACCUGGACCGCCAAAUCACGCCCGUCGAUUUGUUCUAUCUUGAUGACAUAGAUCUUGCCAGGCAGCUGGUAGAACUUGGUUACCGGGGAAACGGAGAGAUUCUGUCCCGUGAAGAGUUUGAGGCCCGGAAGGAAGCAGCUGAGCAAGCGCGUCUGCAGAAAUUGAGGAACAAGCCAAAGAAGCUGGCAAGUGCGGGCAAGGAUGUGGACAGGUUUCCCCUGCUGAAGAAAGCAUCACUACUGUUUGUGGUGUUUGCAAUUGGUUGCUUGUGCCACGUCAACAGUGCCAUAGUGCCACGUCAGCAGUGCCCCGCCACCAUGACGGGCUCAGCUCGGGGCAUGCCAGGCCAACUGGCCAACGAGUCAAUUGCCGAGUACAAACAGCGGUUCCAGACUCAAUUCACACUGAUCGAGGCUGAGGAACAGCGCGAGGUGGCAGCCGAGGCUGUCCGCCUACAGGCUGAAGCGGCGGCAAUAGCCGAGAAGCAGCGGCUUCAGGCCGAAGCAGACGCAUAUACCCAGGCACGCCUCAAGGAAGCCCUGGAUCUGCUACAGCGGCAUGAAGCCACCAGCAUCGAAAAGCUCAAGUUUUGGCACUUUGAACCAUCCGAGGAGCACGACGACGCGACACCGGAGGAGCAGCACAAGGAAUUCAUGGCCAAACUCAUGACUAGGUUGGUUUACACUUGUAACCACCUGCAGUCCGAGCUGGCGGUUCUCCGACGGGCAAUGCAGAACCACAAGGAUCUGCACGAGGAUGCUACACGGGCACUUCAUUCCCGUGUACAGGACUUGGAGCAAGUUGCACCAAGACCGAAUGCUAGCGAGACCAGCAGUGCACCCUCUACCCGCCAACUGGAGGAACGCGUCGACCACGUAGUAGCAAUGCUAGGUGACAUCAGCACCUUCGCGGCGCCAGCCACCAUCAGCAAGCAACUAGACACCUUGAAGACCGAGGUUCAGCAACUGCACCAGCUGCCUAACAAGGAUGGCAACAACGUGCAGCACUACAAGAUGCCGACAUUCCAAAUCGAGAAGUUCGAUGAUUAUACGCAUCAAGACCCGGUCCUCUGGUGGGAGGGCUUUACGACGCAACUUCGGAUUCUCUUCGUCGCCAAGCACGCGCACAUCGGCGCGCUGUUCCUCAACUCAAAGGGCGGAUGCCAGAUCUGGUUGAGCCACCUGGCAACCGUCCACGGCGUAGACGUCGCAGAUCUGAAAGACAAGAUCUCUUGGGAAGAGCUAACACGGAUGUGGAAGAAGUGGUUCAUCGUGGACGACGCGCCAGCACUCGCCAUCAACCGCCUCUUCGCAAUGACGCAAGGCAACACAUCGACACGUGACUGGCUCACGGAAUGGCAAAAGAUCACGGCAACGCCCAAUCUUGACUUGCCAUUUUCGCAUCUGCGCCGCGAGUUCUACAACCGGUCAUGUGCCGCCUUGAGCGUUGCACUUGGUGAUCGCGAGCAAUACACAACCUUCACUGAAAUCAUCGACAAGGCAAGGGAGAUCAUCAAGACCAAUAGGGCAGUUGCACACGAGAAAUCAGCAUGGCAGCCAACCUAUGUGGAGAAGGUGAAAACUGGUCCGCGGCCGCAAAAUGUUGCUGCAGUCCAAUCGAACAACAUUGUGGAAGACCCGACAGCCACCCAAGCCUUCGGCGCCAUCUAUAGCCGAGGAUUCGACGACAUGGUCAAGACUCAAGAGCUCGACCCAUUGACGUUUGCGGACUUCCAAUGGAUGCCCCUUCCUCAGUCCGGUCGAUUGUCGAAACCUCAUUGCAACGUGCUCACCGCACAAUUGCGGGAUUACUUGCACACUGCAGUACCAACUGCGUUGAUGGACGUCGAAGUAGAGGUUGUCGACCUUUACAAUUACAUUGCGAAGAUCGACCGCGAGUUCAGGACACAACGGUACGACGACAUCGACGCACCAUUGUUAUAUGUACGCAUUCAAAUCGGAGAGGCGACCUGCAGCGCUUUGAUCGAUUGCAGAGCAUCUCGCAACUACAUGAGCCAGGACUUUAUGGUACGCGCCGGCCUUGGCCCACGCGUCCGGAGGACGUCCCUGCCUACGCAAGUCACGUUGGCAGACGGUCACACGCACAAGUCAAUCGACCGGUGCAUUGAUGACGUCCCCGUGUACUUUACCCCGCAUGCAAGCGAGGCGGUGUCCUUCGAUAUUUUGGACGCCAAAUUCGACAUGAUCUUGGGCAUGUCAUGGCUGCGAAGCGAGGAUCACCCAAUGAACUUCUACCGCCACACCGUUCACAUUCGUGAUCGGAACGGAGUACUAGUCCCAUGCACGGUGCCUCCUCCUCACCCUUCGAUCAGCUGCCACAUGGUGUCCGCCGCAAGCAUGCGAGCUUCCAUCAUCAGAGACGACAUCGAGGAGAUGGGGGUGUGUUUUCUCCACGCCCUCCCGCCCCAUGACGCUUCAUCGACGGACUCAUCUUCGGACCCACGCAUCACCGAGCUUCUCGACGCCUACGGCGACGUGUUCAAAGGCCCGCACGGAGUAGUACCGGAUCGGCCCAUCCGCCACGAGAUCAUCCUCGAGGACGGGGCUGAACCUCCGCGCGGUUGCAUCUACCGAAUGAGCGAGGAAGAGUUGACUGUGCUACGGACACAACUCGACGACCUUCUGGAGAAAGGCUGGAUUCGGCCUAGCUCAUCGCCAUACGAUGCUCCCGUUCUCUUCGUCUGGAAGAAGAACAAGGAUCUGCGGUUGUGCAUCGAUUAUCGCAAGCUCAACGCGCAAACGCCGGUUAUGCCGUUUGGCCUUACGAAUGCCCCAACCGCUUUCCAAGCGGCUAUGACAACGGAGUUCCGACACAUGCUGGAUCGAUUCGUACUUAUCUACCUCGACGACAUUUUGGUGUACAGUCGGAGUUUGGACGAGCAUGAAAAGCACUUGCGCACCGUUUUGGAGCGGCUACGACAAGCCAAGUACAAAGCCAACCGCGACAAAUGCGAAUUCGCACGGCAAGAGCUGGAGUACUUGGGACAUUAUGUGACGUCGCAAGGCAUCCGUCCGCUUGCGGAGAAAAUCGAGGCCAUCCGCGUAUGGCCCGAGCCCACCAACACCACGGGCGUCCAUUCAUUCAUGGGGUUGGCGGGCUACUAUCAGCGUUUCAUCACCGGGUACUCAAGGAUUGCCGCACCUAUGACGAGAUUACAAUCGCCAAAGGUGCCAUUCGUAUUCGAUGACGAUGCACGCCGGUCAUUCCAAGCACUCAAGACGGCCAUGCUCAUGGCACCCGUCCUUAGCAUCUACGACCCCACCCUGCCAACGAGAGUGACAACCGACGCUUCCGGCUACGGCAUUGGGGCAGUCUUGGAACAACACGACGGCGACGACUGGCACCCUGUGGAGUAUUUCAGCCACAAAGUGCCUCCCAUCAAUUCACUUGAUGAUGCAAGGAAGAAGGAGCUGCUCGCUUUCGCUGCUGAAGAAGAAGCAGCAGCAGAAGAAGAAGAGGAAGAACGCCUUGAAAGAAGACGUAGGGAAGAAAGAGGGGAGAGUAGUGGCACGACAGAGGAAGAUGUAAACAUGGAGAAGAAGAUCAGUGAGUGGGUGGCAAAUUUGUCUUUGGGAGAAGAUGAGGAGGCGCAGCUGUAUGUGCCACAAGAGGAGAAGGAGGCGUUUGCCAGGGCUUUGGAAAUGAUAGAUGACCCCCUGGAAUGUCAAGAGACAGAAGAUGAGAAAAAGUUGGAGUGGAAGCUGCGCAUGAAAAGGGAGAAGAAGAGAAGGAGGUCGGGAGCUGCCCGAUGGGCCGCAGAGGUGGAGAAAGUACGAGGGUGUAGACAAGAGGUGCAGGCCCAAGCGGAAGUACCCGCGAAAUUAGACAAGAUCUUAGGGUACCUAGAGGUACUAAGCGAAGCGUGGCUGGAGGAACGUCAAAGCAACAGGGGUCACGAUGUGGCCCUACAGGCCAUGUCGGCUGGCUUUAGAGAGUUUGCGCACUACGUGGUGACCCACGUCGGGGCCGAAGUGAAAGGAUUAAAAGAGGGCGUAAGGAAGUUCUAUGAGGGCGCCAUUGAGGGCGCCAAGGUAGUAGCCACCGCUGAGAGUGAGUCUAGACCCCGCAGGGAACCAGUCAAGCUGAAGUUCCCAGAUGCCUAUGGCGGGAAGUCUGACGAAAAMUUCGAUAAUUGGGAGGCAAGUGUCAAUACGUAUGUUCAUUUACAGCAGAUUGCGCAGGACGAUCAGGUCCUCGUUGCCUUCCAGGCUCUCAAGGAUGAAGCGGCUAAUCCGUCUUUGCCAUUUGUCGUCACCAUGGACGCGAGUCAGUACGGGAUAGGCGUCGUGUUACAGCAGGACGACGGCAAUGACUAUAGACCCGUAGAGUUCAUGUCAGCGAGGAUGCCCUUAGAGAAGGUUGCUACCUCGACGUACGAGAGAGAACUCUACGCUCUCAGGCAGGCCUUAGAGCAUUGGAAGCAUUACCUGCUUGGGAGGCACUUCAAAGUAUACUCAGACCACGAAACUCUUAUAUGGUUAAAGACCCAGGCCAAGAUGACACCUAAGCUAACUAGGUGGGCCGCUGAGAUAGACCAGUAUGACUUUGAGCUCAAACCGGUCAAAGGCAAGUACAACGUAGUUGCGGAUGCUCUAACGGGGUUCGAUGGCAUUGGGGAGUGGGCUGCAACCUUGACUCUGAAGCAGUUCCUUGGCAAGAUCAAGGAACGCUUCCUGGAUAAGACAACGACCGACAAGGCUUUUGACCAGCUCACUACCAUUGGUCAAAAACACUGGACCUCGGUAGAAGCUUUGUCUCGGGAAGUUGACCGGUUGCUGCAGGUUCCUGGAUUGAACCUGCAAGACAACCAAGUCUUGUACAUCUAUUCCCGUGCUCUGCCCGAACCCAUCCGUGGACAACUUGUGGCAGAGUCUAAAUCAGGCAAUUACAAUUAUAGGCAGUUUCGUGAUCUGGCUCUCCAACGAGAGCAAAUGACUUCGCAAGUUAAGAACUCGUAUGCAUCUGUUGUCAAGUUUGGUGGUGGUGCAGGUGCAGGAAAGUGGAUACUUUGGCGCAAAAAGCGUCAGGACCACACCCUCAUCGUCUUUGAUGACGAUACUGUGGAGAAGUGGCCAUUGGAGGCCGAGGGUGUGGCGAGCAGCAAUGAUUCCGGGAAGGGGGAAGUCACUGUUGUCGUGGUCAACAAGGGAGGACCACGACCGCCAGUAAAGAAGAAGAAGCCAUGCUCGUUCCUAGAGCAUCUCGGGAUUGCGGUCGGGAAACGAUGGGAAAAGAUGGGAAUGUCGCAAGAAACGCUCUUGCUCAGAGGGAAGAGGCGGUCAGAAAUGGAAGACUCACUACAAUCGUUUUCAUCCGGGACUUCAAUUCUAGAGGGCAGGAGGAAGAAGACGUUGCCUCCCAACUGGAAGGUGAAGGGUCGCGUAAUGUUCGUCAAUAAUGAUGGUUCAACCAUAGAGUUCGACGACGACUUCCAGGAGGGAGUAGGGUCAGAGGCGGGCAGCGCAGAGCCUUCAGGGGGUGGAGCAGUCGCUGCCUCUGUGCAAAAGCGCGCCAUGAACCGGAUCUUCCAUGACUACCUGGACAAGUUUGUCAUCGUGUACCUCGAUGACAUACUUAUCUUUAGUAGGACUGCCGAGGAGCAUAUUGGCCAUCUAGGCAAAGUCCUUAGUCUCCUUCGGCAGCAUCAGUUCAAGAUUAACCGGGAAAAAUGCGAGUUUGGCCGCACCCGGAUCUUGUAUCUGGGUCACGAGAUUUCCGCAGAGGGAUUGAAGCCCGAAGACGCGAAGGUAGCCAGCAUUCGCGACUGGCCGCGUCUUCAGUCUGUGAUUGAGAUGAGGCACUUCUUAGGGAUGACCGGCUACUACCGUAACUUUGUAAACAACUAUAGCAUAGUGGCCGCCCCUUUGGCGGACCUGACACGCCUUGGCACCCCUUGGGAGUGGAAAGACAGGUGUGAGGCUGCUUUCAGACAUCUGAAGCACUCCUUAACACACCAUGAGGUCUUGAAACUUCCUGAUCUUGACAAGCCAUUUAUAGUAAUCACGAAUGCCAGCCAAUAUGGCAUUGGUAUCGUGCUUGCGCAGCAAGAGGGGCCAAAGUUGAGGUCGGUCGAGUACAUGUCCAAAAAGAUGCCCUCUCAGAAGUUGGCUAAGUCCACCUAUGAGAAGGAGCUCUAUGUGAUCUAUAAGGCGCUAACCCACUGGAGACACUCCCUCCUUGGGAGGUUCUUCUACGUCAUGACUGAUCAUCAAACCCUAAAGUGGAUGAGAACCCAGUCGGUGCUCUCCGAUGCGCUGAAACGCUGGAUCGAAGUCAUUGAGCAGUAUGACUUCGAACCCCAGUACAUCAAAGGAGAGUAUAACAAAGUUGUAGAUGCGCUGUCACGUAGGCCGGACUUCCUGGAUGCGUUGAUCACUGAGUUCGGGCUUUCGGACGAUGUUACUCGGUCCCUGGUGGUAGCCUAUCGCGAGGAUCCGUCUAUGUCAGAGAUCAUACGCAGGCUCGAAGCGAAGGACAAAGUAACUUCUGACGAGUUUGUAAUGGUCAAUGUCCUGCUGUUCCUUGAGAAGGUCGGGAAUAAACGUUUGUGUGUGCCUAAUCGGGAGUCUUUGCGUAGUUUAUUUUUAGGAGAGUGUCAUGACGCCACCGGACAUUUUGGCUAUAAGAAGACUGCAACCAACCUGCAGCAGCAGUUCUGGUGGCCCACGAUGAUGAGAGACGCCAAGCUGUACAUGGAGACUUGUCAGGUAUGUCAGAGGGACACGCCACGUACACAGGCCCCUCUUGGGCUUCUCAAGCUCCUUCCGAUACCGGAAAGGCCUGGUGAGAGCCUGGCCAUGGACUUCAUGGACAUGCUGGUCACCAGCAAGAGCGGGAUGCGAUACGUCUAUGUCAUUGUGGAUAGGUUUAGUAAGUAUGCUAGGUUAAUCACACUGCCCGAAACAGGCAAAACCGAGUACGUGAUUAAGCUGUUUAAAGAAAACUGGGUCAGGGAUUUUGGACUGCCAAAGUCUAUAGUUAGUGACCGUGAUGUGCGAUUUACCAGUGAAUUGUGGAAAGCCGCAGCUGCAGAGCCGCGGACACAGCUGCAGAUGACUUUUGAGAACCACCCAGAGGCAAACGGACAAGCAGAGCAGCUGAACCGCGUUGUACAACACCUGCUGAGGCACUAUAUCAAUCCUAACCAGGUGGACUGGGAUGAGAAACUUGCUCUCAUCGCCAGGCUGCAGGACGGAGAGUCAGUGCCCAAGCGCGACGGAGAACCAGUGCCCAAGCGGUUGCAGCACCCAGGCCGGACUGAACGACGAGGGUCGGUCAGUAUAUGUCGAGAGAGGCGGAACGUAAGAGGGGAGUCUUGCCUUGGCGCGAGCAAGGUGUACCCGCGACUGGAUGCACGGGGGAGAAGUGUCCGUAUUCGGGCGGUUACUGAGGGUGUGAGGGGAGAGACAAGAAUGAGGGAUCGCAAGCCAGGCGUACCCGACGUACAGCAGUUGCGGAGCACUGCAAGCACAGGCAGACGUGUGGGCGCUGAGGCGGUUACUCGGGGAGUGAGGGGAGUGACAAGAGGGAGGGAUGUGCACGGUGUGCGGAGCGCAGGUGCGGGCGGGCAAGGCGUUCGCAGCUGUUACUGGCGAAAGAUAGUUGGGAGAGAAUCGGACGAGGGAGUGAGGGGCGUGCCCGGCGCAAGCAACGUUCGCGCGCGUGAGGCCAGUGGAGUGGAGCUUCAGAUCGACGACGCUAGAUGGCCUACACCUCCAGAGACAGUAGCGCCAGGCAGGGUGGCGCUGGAUUUGCCGGCCAGAGGGGUUUCCGCGGAUGCGAUAGAGAGUCGAUGGUCAUCGACGGUGUUGGGCCCAGACGUACACUUGUGGACGUAUGUCAUCGAGACGUUUGAGCUAGACAGUCAGAGGUGGCGACGACCAGGCACGACUAGCAUAGAGGUAGUGGGCCACAUUUACUACUCGCCAGAGGUGCUAGCUACGGUCUAUUAUCACGGCCUCGUACACGAUCAUUGGCGAGAGGAGCAGACCGCGAGGGCGAUCUUACUGGCUAGAGCGGACUCCGCACGCGGCGAGGUGAAGCGGCUGCACGGGGGUGUUCGGAGAGUGACGACGACCUUCAGGAUUGGAGGACGCUUCCCAUAUCCUAGCGGUCGACUGCGUGUGACACUUUCGUGCUUCUUGGCAGAGGAGCUUUGGGGACUUAGGCGUCUGGGCGAGAUCUACUUUGCGGCUCUUGACUUGGACGGCCUCUGCCGAGGGUACACUGACAGGGAUUGGGUGUUGUAUGCGCAGUUUGUAGCAGGGACGCUUGUAGGCGAGCGAGAACUCCAACUGAUUGAGUUCCUGCGGGCCAUUGUACCUACCGGGAACCCCGACCUAUACUCUCUGUACCAGCCCCUAGCCUUCUGGACGACACUAGAGAGGGAGGCUCGGAGGCCUACAAAUCAUUUAGCUGGAGUAGGACAGCUGUUAGCCGAGACUCGUGAGGAGAGGCCGGGCCAUCUCAUCUUGACCAGGGAGGUUGAGGAGUAUUACCGGCAGGUAUAUCCAGAGGCAGACGAUCUUGCGUGGUAUGCUGAGGAUCGGGAUUGGGAGGACUUCGAGGACAUAGACCCUUGGGGCGACCAGGACGAGGGCUGGGGAGAUCUGGCACAGGCUGAGGGACAGGAGCAGGACAUCGCCCGACCGAGCUCUGAGGGAUCUGAAAAACGAAUUAGGCGGGAAGCACCGCUGAGAUGGGCUGACCAAACCAAUGACGGAGAGCCCGACGUAGUGGGCGAGCUGGUCGUGACAGAGCCGCAGGAGGCAAUGAAGACAGGAACCUCGAGCGGCCGACGAGAAGCGACGAGACGACGCUCCCCCGAGUAUGAACGGAGGGAAACCAUGGCGGAUAGGCACAGGGACGACUGGCGAGAGAGUUCGAGGGACUCCUAUUGGAGGGACAGAGAUAGAGAUAGAGCACCGACGCGGCGUGUCUUCGACCCCCAAACGGGGGAAUCACACCCGCUCCCUUACGAGAGCAAGGAUCGCUAUAUUAUUACGCACAAGGCCUCAGAGCCUCCUACUUUCAGGGGUUAUGGCAUCACAGAAUAUCUGGAGAAGUGGGAGCUUCAGGCCAGCCGAAGUCAGUGGUCGGAGGAAGAGAUUAUAGAGAACUUCCUAUUUAAUGUGGACCCAAGUCUCGGCAAGGAAGCCCGACCGAAGGAUAGGAAAUGGACUACGUACAAAAAGAAUCUCGUUGAGCUUUACAAAUUGGAGGAUGACAAGUACUCCAUCAAGGACCUUGAGACAAUGACUCAAGAUGAAGAUGAGAGCGUACGGGCAUUUGGGAUUCGUUUCCAGAAGAUCUCCGACGUGCUGAUGAAGAAGGGGAAGAUCUCAGAGGUCGAGCGCUGUACUAUCUUCAUCGGACACCUGUCCAAAGGUAGACAAAAGAGUAUACUUAGAGAUCUUCCGCACGACAAGCUUGACUUCCCAGAAAUCCUAACGCUCGCAAUAAAGGCAGAGGCAGACGACUACAAGGACUUGGUGUGGAGAGGGAUGAGGAGAUGUUACUUCUCUCUCUACAAGGAGUAUGCCACUAAUAGAUGUCCUGAUUUCAAGGACUAUCCCUGGUCGGAGAAAAAUGAAGCCGUCGUCGAGGAAGUGAAGGAGAUAAGGGACAUGGUAAAGGGAUUGACAAGACAAGUUACAAAGAUUGUGACCACCACAGGAGCCACGACAUACCGGGACAAGCCCGGAGGACCCUAUUCACUUCGCUGGGACCGGAGGGAGAGAGACGAUGAGCCAUGGCGACGUAGGGAUGAUGAGAUAGACCAGGACCGCAGGACUCGUGAGACGUAUGGGCGUGCUAGGAGACCGGAUGACUACUCGCGUAGCCCUCGUUAUGAGGCCGAUCGGGGUAGAGGCGACUCUCGAGGCCGGUGGGAGUCAGAUCAGGGCCGACGAGACGGAUACAGGGACAGCAGAUAUGAGAGAUCAGACCGGGAUGGAUAUACGGACGGAAGAUAUGAGAGGACGGAUCGAGAUGGAUACAGAGGCGGCGGAUGUGAGAGAGGAGAUCGACUCGAUGAUUCACGCAGGCGAUACGACCGAGGAGACCGACGUGAUGAUUCACGCAGGUGGUACGACCAAGGAGACCGACGUGAUGAUUCACGCGGGCGAUACGACCGAGGAGACCGACGUGAUGAUUCACGCGGGCGAUACAAACACGGAGACCGCCGCAAUGACUCGCAGGGCAGAAAUGAGAGAGGGGGAUACGGCGCGUCAUCUGAUCCGUAUCCGAAGUCCCCUGACCCCGGAGCAGCGAGAGGUUCGACCUCCAGAGGCACGGACGACAGGCCACCCACCCCCAGGAACUCUUGCGUCUAUUGUAGAGGGGAUGAUCAUAUCAAGAGAGAUUGCCCGGACCUCAAAUGGGCAAUAGAUGAGGGGUUUGUCGUGCUUGACGACCGCAAGUACGUCAAGUGGGCAGAUGAUCUGGGAGAUGUAUCGAUGUUCCCUUCGAUGAAGGAGAAUGUCGAAGCAAGGAGAGUAAAGCCGAGUAAAGGAAAGGAACCGGUCAGGAAUCAGAGCAUCAAGAUAACUUUUGAGGGGGAUAUGGCGACCACACCCAUAAGGGUGGCAGCCACCAAGUCGGCGAGAGGGUCUACAUCGAAGAAGAUUGACACGGAUUACGUGAUGGCAGAGAAGGACGGACAACGGAUCGAUGGAGAGGAGGUUAUUCUUUCGCCGCAGAAGCGGGGAGUGGAGAAGUUCUUGAUGAAGAGUUCGCUGGACGAGAUUGACACGGUCGAGCCACUGAGGUGGGCCCUUCGGCAGCCCAUGCAGUGCUCUAUUCUAGAAUAUCUGGCGGCAUCCAAGCCGGCUCGCGAUGAGUUACAGAUGAUUACGCGGAAGACUCGCAUACCUCUAUUAGACGAGGCUCAGGGAGCCCCUAAGGCGGAUGCUCCUACUAUAGCAGUAACGGGGGUGACUGUCAGAGCGGAUCGCAUGGCGACAGUCCUUCUUGAUGGGAUGAAAGGUGUGCCUCCAGACAAGUUUUACAUACUUGGUAGUAGGGUCGUGGAGGCGAUCAUAAACAAUGGAGCGGUACUAGAUGCUGUGAUCGAUAACAGCAGUGAGGCUGACAUUAUAGACGAGGAUCUGGCAGUACAGGUUGGACAAGGCCUCGAUAGGUCAUACCUAUUCGAGAUAAAGACGGCUGAUGGGAGAAAGCAACAGAUCACCAGGGACGCUGGAGGGAAGGAAGGACCGUUAAGAUUUGAGAGUAGAACACUUAAUACGGCUGAGCGUAACUACAGUCAAUUCAAGAAGGAAGUGUUAGUUGUUCUGCGGUGUCUAGACACGGUCAGACACUAUAUCUAUGGGCGACGGUUCAUCUUGAGAGUAGAUCCCACCGCGGUUGCCUCUGUCCUCCAGAAGGACUUUAGUAUGACGGACCCGACCAUCGCUCGAUGGUUAAUACGGAUUCGACUAUAUGAUUACACAGUUGAGAGAAUAUCUGGCACUAAAAAUGUCGUGGCAGAUGAGCUUUCGCGCAUCCCGCUUGAGGCCGAGUGCCCGAUAGUAGCUGGUGCCCUGAAAAUGGCGGAGCCGAGACGCGCCGAGCGAUUUCUGGUUAACCUUUACGAGGGCAAAUACCGAACGAUCAGGCUACAUUUGUCCGGGGAGGAAAGCCAAGAAUCAGAUAUCCAGAGACAAGUGGCGGAGUACUGCCUUAGAGCCGGCCAUUUAUUCCGAAGACCGGCCGGCUCGGGGAUGCCCUUACGAGUAGUCUGUGACCCUGAGGAGAGACAGACGAUAGUUGCGGAGCUUCACGACGGGGUAGUCGGAGGACACAGGGGAGUCAAAGGAACCUACGAAAAGGUACGCAGGUUGUAUUGGUGGGAAGGACAGUAUAAGGAUGUCGAGAGGUACUGUAUGACCUGCGAGGAAUGCCAUAAGAGAGCUCUUGUGAAAUACAAAGAGCCUCUCAAUCCAUCCUAUCCCACCAGACUAGGAGAGAAGGUACACAUCGAUCUGGUGAAGAUGCUGAAAGGAGUAGGCAAUAUGAACUACGUCGUGAACAUACGAGACGAUUUCACUGGGUUCGUGGACGGUAGACCUAUCAGGAGUAAGACGGCAAAGGAAGUGAAGAACUUCGUCCUGGAGUACUUAUCUAGGCAGGACGGAGAGUCAGUGCCCAAGCGCGACGGAGAACCAGUGCCCAAGCGGUUGCAGCACCCAGGCCGGACUGAACGACGAGGGUCGGUCAGUAUAUGUCGAGAGAGGCGGAACGUAAGAGGGGAGUCUUGCCUUGGCGCGAGCAAGGUGUACCCGCGACUGGAUGCACGGGGGAGAAGUGUCCGUAUUCGGGCGGUUACUGAGGGUGUGAGGGGAGAGACAAGAAUGAGGGAUCGCAAGCCAGGCGUACCCGACGUACAGCAGUUGCGGAGCACUGCAAGCACAGGCAGACGUGUGGGCGCUGAGGCGGUUACUCGGGGAGUGAGGGGAGUGACAAGAGGGAGGGAUGUGCACGGUGUGCGGAGCGCAGGUGCGGGCGGGCAAGGCGUUCGCAGCUGUUACUGGCGAAAGAUAGUUGGGAGAGAAUCGGACGAGGGAGUGAGGGGCGUGCCCGGCGCAAGCAACGUUCGCGCGCGUGAGGCUGUACCAGGACCAGCUGCUGGGGCUUCCAGCAGUGCACCCUCUAGCCGCCAACUGGAGGACCGCGUUGACCACGUAGUGGCAAUGCUCGGCGACAUCAGCACAUUCGCUGCGCCGACCACCACCAUCAGCAGUCAGCUGCAUACAUUGAAGACCGAGGUCCAGCAGCUGCAAACGACGAACGCGGAUGGCAAUCCGAAGAUGUAUAAGAUGUCAACCUUCAAUCUAGAGAGGUUCGACGACUACACGCAGCCGGUCCUCUGGUGGGAAGCAUUCACAACGCAACUCAGGAUUCUGCCCGUAGCCAAGCAUGCGUACAUCGGUGCCCUGUUCUUGAACUCAAAGGGCGGAUGCCAGACCUGGUUGAGCCACCUGGCAACCUCCCACGGCGUCGACGUACCAGACUUGAAGGACGUAAUCACAUGGGAGGAACUGACACGGCUGUGGAAGAAGCGGUUCAUCGUCGACGACGCGCCAGCACUCGCCAUCAACCGACUGUUCACCAUGUCACAGGGCAAUACAGCAACACGGAGUGGCAGAAGAUUGCGGUUGUCCUGUGCUGCAUUGAGCCAGGCUCUUGGUGAUCGCGAGCAGUACUCAACCUUCGCGGAGAUCAUUGACAAAGCGAGGGAGAUCAUCAAGACCAACAGGUCAGCUGCACACGAGAAAUCAACAUCAUGGCAGCCGACCUAUGUGGAGAAGGUACGAACUGGUCCGCGACAGCAGCACUUCGCUGCAGUCCACAGGGACAGUGGAGAUAACCCAACAGCCACUCCAGCAUCAAGUGACGGAGAUCAGGUGGCUGCUGUCCAGCCGCGAAGCACCAACAAGUCCCGCAACAAUGGGAAGGCGAAAUCCGCAUCGCAGGCCGAAAAUGGACAACCAGGACAGUUUCCAUGGGUCAAGUUUGGCUUGACCGAGGCGGAGUACAAGGUCCGCGGCCGCUAUGGCAGCUGCUAUUGGUGCAAGAGCACCAAGCACAAGACCUCCCUGUGCCAAGAUCAGGGCAAGGAGGAUGACUACUUGCACACUGCAGUACCAGCUCCGUUGAUGGACGCCGGAGCAGAGGUUGUCGACCUUCACGUUUUCAUCGCGAAGAUCGACCACAAGUUCAAGAUGCAACAGUACGACGACAUCGACGCACCAUUGCUAUACGUACGCAUUCAGAUCGGAGAGGCGACCUGCAGUGCCUUGAUCGAUUGCGGAGCAUCUCGCAACUACAUCAGCCAGGACUUCAUGGUACGCGUCGGCCUUGGCCCACGYGUCYGGAGGAAGUCCCAGCCUACGCAAGUCACYCUGGCAGACGGUCAUACGMACAAGUCCAUCGACCGSUGCAUUGACGCCGUCCCAGUGUACUUUGCCCCUCACGCAAGUGAGGCGGUGUCCUUUGACAUUCUGGACACCAAAUUCGACAUGAUCUUGGGCAUGUCAUGGCUGCGAAGCGAGGAUCACCCGGUGAACUUCUUCAACCGCAAUGUUCACGUUCGUGAUCGGAACGGAGUAUUAGUUCCAUGCACAGUGCCUCUUCCUCAUCCUUCGAUCAGUUGCCACGUGGUAUCCGCCGCAAGCAUGCGAGUUUCCAUCAUCAGAGACGACAUCGAGGAGAUGGGGGUGUGUUUUCUCCACGCCCUCCCGCCACAUGACGCUUCAUCGACGGACUCACCUUCGGAUCCACACAUCACCGAGCUUCUCGACGCCUACAGCGACGUGUUCGAAGGCCCACAUGGAGUAGUACCGGAUCGACCCACCCGCCACGAGAUCAUCCUCGAGGACGGGGCCGUACCUCCGCGCGGBUGCAUCUACCGAAUGAGCGAAGAAGAGUUAAGUGUGCUUCGGGCACAACUCGACGACCUUCUAGAGAAAGGCUGGAUUCGGCCUUGCUCAUUGCCAUACGGUGCUCCUGUUCUCUUCGUCCGGAAGAAGAACAAGGACCUCCGGUUGUGCAUCAAUUAUCGCAAGCUCAACGCGCAGACGAUCAGGAACGCCGGCCCUCUCCCACACAUCGACGACCUUCUCGAGCGAUUGGGCGGCGCCCAGUUCUUCUCUAAGCUGGAUCUCAAGUCAGGGUACCACCAACUCGAGAUUCGCAAGGAGGAUCGCUACAAGACCGCGUUCAAGACAUGGAUUGCUGCACCUAUGACGAGGUUACAGUCGCCAAAGGUGCCAUUCGUAUUCGAUGACGACGCACGCCAGUCAUUCCAAGCACUUAAGACGGCUAUGCUCCUGGCACCCGUCCUUAGCAUCUAUGACCCCACCCUGCCGACGCAAGUGACUACGGACGCUUCCGGCUAUGGCAUUGGGGCAGUCUUGGAACAACACGACGGCGGCGACUGGCACCCUGUGGAGUAUUUCAGCCACAAAGUGCCUCCCAUCUACUCGCUUGAUGAUGCAAGGAAGAAGGAGCUGCUCGCAUUCGUGAUGGCUCUCAAGCACUGGCGGCACUUCCUCCUUGGGCAUCGUAGGCUCACAUGGGUCACAGACAACAAUCCAUUGACCUACUACAAGACGCAGGACACGGUGAGCAGCACGAUCGGACGAUGGAUGUACUUCAUCGACCAAUUUGACUUCACACCGAAACAUGAUCCCGGCCUCUCCAAUCGCGCAGCAGAUGCACUCUCACAAAGACCUGAUCUUUGCGCUAUGACACAUCAUGCUUUCGCAUUUGACGAGGAACUCCAGCGACACUUCAUCCGGGGCUAUGAGUCUGAUCCGGACUUCGCCACGUUGUAUGCGCAACUAUCUUCGGAUAACCCGCCGGCCAGCCAAUAUCGCAUUGCCGACGGGUACUUGCUCCUCCACUCGAGAGGCAAGGACUUACUAUGUGUCCCACGCGACCGUCGUCUUCGGACUCGCCUCCUCGGCGAGUAUCAUGAUUCACGACUCGCCGGCCAUUUAGGAGUCAACCGCACUAUUGCACGGCUUCGACAGCGAUUCCGAUGRCCCGACCUCAUUACCGAUGUCACUCGGUAUUGCGACUCUUGCGAAGUUUGUCGACGCAGCAAGCCCUGCAACCGCAAUCCCUACGGUGAGUUACACCCGAUGCCUAUCCCACGGGAACCCGGUAUCUCCAUUGCCAUGGACGUCACUGGUCCGUUUCCUCGCGACCGGCUCGGGCACGACGGCAUCCUCACGUUGGUGGACCGAUUGAAUGCAGGUGUCUUUGUGACACCUGUGCUUAACCUUGUUGGUCUUGUUGGUCUUGAACUGGUCUUGAACUACAUUUGAGCUGUAUUUGCUUUUACUUAGCUCUGCAGCAUUUCCACCAAGGAUAGCGGGUGUGGGCGGAAUGGGUCUGCAAAUUCCUGUGC